UUGCAUAUAAUUAGUUUAGUUGAUCCAAUAACAGAAUGGCUAUGCCUUGUUGUACUACUACUACCAGUACCACCAUCUUCUGCAUUCCAAAACAGCUCUCAACCUCCAUUAAAACAGAUAAUUUUAACAUUUCAUGGAGCAACACUACUACUCAUUCAAGAAAGUUAAGCAAAAAUAACUCUUCUUUUGUGGCAAUGUCUUUAAAUUCCGCUUCAAGAACAACAUCAUCAUCAAUGGAGUAUGAGAAAUUAAAGAGGGUAUGGAUAUGGACGGAGAAUAAACAAGUUAUGACUGCUGCUGUUGAAAGAGGAUGGAACACUUUCCUAUUUUGCCCCCAAUUUCAUGAGCUUGCUCAUCAAUGGUCAUUGACUGCAAUGAUAAAUACCCUUUUCGUUGACGACGGUGAGAUUUUAGAUGAUGAGAAUAAAAGGGUGGCUGCAAUGCUUGAGAUUUCAACUCCAGAAGAGCUGCAACAAUUUCAACCAGAAAAUGUGCAAGCUGAGACUGUUGUUGUCAAUUUACUGGAUUGGCAGAUAAUACCCGCAGAGAAUAUGGUAGCAGCAUUCCAAAACAGUCAAAAACGAGUGCUUGCUGUGUCAAGAACUCCUUCUGAAGCAAAAGUCUUCCUUGAGGCGUUGGAGCAUGGUUUGGGUGGAAUUGUUCUAAGAGUUGAUGAUGUUGAAGCUGUCUUUGAGCUCAAGGACUACUUUGAUAGAAGGAAUGCAGCAAGCAAUCUGUUAACAUUAACGAAAGCCACGAUAACUAAAAUUGAACCUGCUGGAAUGGGCGAUCGUGUCUGUGUGGAUCUCUGUAGCCUCAUGAAACCUGGUGAAGGGCUUCUGGUCGGUUCAUUUGCUAGAGGACUGUUUCUUGUUCAUUCUGAAUGCCUAGAGUCAAAUUAUAUUGCCAGCAGACCUUUUCGUGUUAAUGCAGGACCAGUACAUGCCUAUGUCUCAGUUCCAGGAGGAAAGACUAGUUAUCUUUCUGAGUUGAAAGCAGGAAGAGAAGUCAUUGUUGUUGACCAAAAAGGACAGCUCCGAACAGCAAUCGUUGGUCGAGUAAAGAUAGAGAGCAGACCUCUUGUUCUCGUGAAUGCAAAGAUAGAAAGCGAUGAUCAAACAAUUUACAGCAUCUUCCUACAAAAUGCAGAAACAGUGGCCUUAAUACUUCCAUGCCAAGGAAAUGAAGUGCGAAAAAUGGCGAUUCCUGUGACCGCAUUAAAAGUUGGAGACGAAGUUUUGGUGCAUUUGCAAGGUGCUGCCCGGCAUACAGGAAUUGAAAUUCAAGAAUUCAUCGUCGAGAAUUGAGUUAAAUUUGUUGAUGAUCAUCGUCGAGAAUUGUAAAAGAGGGAAAGAAUCAAAGAAAGACGAACAAUUCCUUCUGUGCACACAAUCACAUUCUUGUAUAAGAAUCAGGUUUCUAACUCAAUGUAAUUUUGAUCCAAAAAAAAAGGAAAAAUUCAUUUAAUUAUACUAAUAAUUUAUAGGAAAGAAUUGGUGUAAUUUGAUUCCAUUCAUAUAAUAGUUUGAUUUUAGA